CUCCCCCCUCUCCUCAGAUCGCACCAACCGCUCCGAUGGCCGCGCCGCCGCUCGCCGCGGUGCUCCUAGGUGUCCUCGCCCUCGUCGCCUUCCCGGCGGCGGCCGAGAUCCGGGAGACGGUGAUCCGCGCCGACCCGCGCACCAUCAUCCCGCUCGACGAAUUCGGCUUCUCCCACCAGGGCACCCUCGAGCUCAACGUCUCCGGCAUCGCCUUCGACCCGCCCGCCUCCUCCGACCUCGACCUCUCCCAGUUCGGCUUCUUCCUCUCCACCCUCGACGCCUGGGUCCACGUCCUCCGCCAGCUCCAGGACCUCGACGUCACCUGCGCGCUCCAGUCCGACCUCGUCAAGCUCGCCUACUCCUUCGACCGCCUCAAGCCCGCGCCCAACCCCGCCGGCGUCGCCGUCGCCCGCUCCUCCUCCUUCACCACCGCCUUCCGCGUCUCCGAGCCCGGCCAGUACACGCUCGUCUUCGCCAACUGCCUCACCGGCGGGAACCUCAAGGUCUCCAUGGACGUCAGCUCCGCCAUGUACAACGUCGACCCGGCCACCGGCGAGCGCGCGUACCUCUCCGUCGGCUCCGCCGCGCUGCCCUCCAUCUACUUCCUCCUAUGCGUCGCCUACGCCGGGCUCGUCGCCGCCUGGGUCUCCAUACUGCUGCGCAAGCGCGCCGCCGUGUUCCGGAUCCACUACUUCAUGCUCGCGGUGCUCGUGCUCAAGGCCUUCAACCUCCUCGCCGAGGCCGAGGACAAGUCCUACAUCGAGCGCACCGGCACCGCGCACGGCUGGGAUGUGCUCUUCUACAUCUUCAGCUUCUUCAAGGGGAUCUCGCUCUUCACGCUCAUUGUGCUCAUCGGCACUGGCUGGUCCUUCCUCAAGCCCUACCUGGCCGACCGUGAGAAGAAGGUGCUCAUGGUGGUCAUCCCCCUCCAGGUCGUGGCCAACAUUGCGCAGGUGGUCAUCGAUGAAUCUGGGCCUUAUGCCCGGGACUGGGUUACUUGGAGGCAGAUAUUCCUGCUGGUGGAUGUUGUCUGCUGCUGCGCCGUGCUCUUCCCCAUUGUGUGGUCAAUCAAGAACCUCCGUGAGGCUGCCCGCUCAGAUGGGAAAGCCGCCGUGAACCUGAUGAAGCUCACCCUUUUCCGCCAGUAUUACGUGGUCGUCAUUUGCUACAUUUACUUCACACGCGUCGUGGUUUACGCUCUGGUGACCAUCACCUCCUACCGGUAUCUCUGGACUAGCGUCCUGGCUGGGGAGAUUGCCACCCUUGCAUUCUAUGUGUUCACCGGGUACAGGUUCCGGCCUGAGGUGCAUAACCCAUAUUUUGCAAUAGACGAUGAUGAAGAGGAGGCUGCUGCUGAGGCACUCAAGUUGGAUGAUGAAUUUGAGCUAUGAGUGCUAACAACUCGUGGCGGUUCCCUUACCAGUGGCUAUACGGGUGCUAUAUGUGCUUCCAAAGACCAAAUGCUUUCCACACGUGUGAUAGACUGGUAUCUAGUCCAUAUCCUUUUCUUUUUUUUGUUCCAAGUUAGUUACAUUUUGUGUUACUGUAAUUUGGUAGCAAAAGCCCUUCGUGUAUGUUACACAAUAUGACAGCUUGAUUGUACCUAAAUUUGAUCUACGAUCGUUGAGACAAGCAGUUCCUUCAUUGUACCUUUGUAGCUAUUCUUGGUUGUAUCUAGAUGUUUACUCUGUGAACUUGUUAAAAGAAGUUGACUAUCAUUCAGUUUGCCUAUUCA